AUGGCCCCGUUUACAGCAUUGGAGAUUUUCCAGGCGAUGUUUGCCAUUAAUGAUAACAAAACUCCGGGUCCAGACGGGUGUACAUCAGCUUUCUAUAAGUCUCAUUGGCGGGAAGUGGGUUCAUUAGUCGUUUCAACAGUCCAAUAUUUCUUUGCUCAUGGUUAUAUGCUAAAAGGCUGGAAUUGUACAUUCCUGGUGCUGCUUCCUAAGGUGGAUAGUCUGGAGUCGAUAUCUCAGUUUUUCCUUAUUGGCUUGUGUAAUGUUUUAUAUAAAUGUAUUUCCAAGUAUAUCACGGGGCGUCUUCAGCUUCUGCUCCCAUCAUUAGUUUCCGGUUUUCAUAAUGCCUUCAUUCUGGGUCGUCUAUUGUCCGAUAAUAGGUUGCUUGCUCAUGAGGUUUUGCCUUACAUGAAUGCAUCCAUGGCUAGGAAACGCUUUUACUUGGCACUGAAACUGGACAUGAAUAAAGCUUAUGAUUGGAUUCGCUUGGAUUUCAUUCUGCGAGCUCUUCAGGCUUUUGGCUUUCCUUUUUAUUGGAUUCAUAUCAUUCAUCAAUGUGUUUCGACGGUUUCUUAUCAGGUUUUGGUUAAUGGAAGUCCUUCUCCGACAUUUCAGCCUUAG